AUGGUCCAGAAAGAGCCCAAUGCUCGUCCACUUGAGCUUGUCACUUUACAAAUUUGUUUUGAGGUUAUUAUCUCAACCAUUACAAUUCGAUGUUUCUGUGCAGAGGCUGUAGUGUUUCUUCAAGACACUGGUUUUUGGCUGCAGAGGAAAACAUCAGGCAAUGGAGGCGAAAGCGGGGAAGAAGUGGGCGCUGGUUCUGGCAGCGAUGGUGGUGGGAUUCUUGAUUCUGGCCCCGGAUUGUGUGGAGUGUCAAUUUGGGAUCUUACUGCAUCCAUGCACACUCCCCAAGUGUGUAGCAGAAUGCAAGAAGAUCUUGAAGGAGAAAUUUAUGAGUGCAAGCUGUGUGACGGGCAACAAAGGAAACUUCUGUCUAUGCCUGCCUGGGUUAAGAUCUAA